AUGGAGCAGAUGAUUAUCGUCUGCCAGGCUCUCUAUGGAAUCGGCCUCGCUCUGGUGAAAACGUCAAUGAUAGUCCUCUAUCAAAAACUCUUCGGUACUAAAGCCAGCAUGCGCAUCGCCAUUUAUGUCACAGGCACCGUCGUGUGGGCAUGGGGACUAAGCAUUGUCCUCGAGUCCUUUCUUAUUUGCCACCCUGUCGCGUUCAAUUGGAAUCCGACACUACCGGGGGGUGGAUGCGGAAAUCGCAACGCAGCUUUUGUGGUAGCUGGAGUACUCAACAUGGUGACUGAUUUUAUGGUCAUGAUACUUCCAAUCCCAUAUAUUUGGAAGCUCCAGCUACGAGUGGGCCGGAAGAUUGGGUUAUCAGUAGCAUUUUCCUUGGGUCUGUUUGUCAGCGCAAUCAGUAUGGUCCGCGUUGUCAGUCUCAUGAACAUCGACUUCAACGACCUCACAUAUACCCUCCCCAUCCCAUUAAUGUGGAGUGUUAUCGAACAACAGCUCGCCCUCAUCGCGGCCAAUCUGCCCCUUCUCCGUCGCGUGUUUACCGAGGUAUUUCCUAAAAGUUGGUUGGGGUCAUCGUCUCGUGGAACGGGAACGCCCUCGGGGGAGCUCAGUGCCAAAAAGCGCUCAGUGCAGGAAUAUACUCUCACUCGCAUGGAUGCCGGCGCCAAUCAGAGCGAGAUAACGUCAGACAGCCCCAAAGCUGCGACUCACAAUAUCCAGACGAGGUGGAGCGACGAUGACGGGCAAUCGGAUACGGAGUUGACGGUGAAUGCGAUGCCACCAGAUGGGAUUCAGAUAUGGAAGGAUUUUCGGGUCGACUCGACUAGACACCUAGACUUGACAUCUGAUAGAAGAUAA